AGGAAGAGAGAGUGAGAGAGAAGGAGGGAGGGGUAGCAAAGGAGUGUGAGAGGCAGAGAGGAGUAAAGACACAAACUUGUGACUUGACAAAAGAGGGCAGGUCCCGGAGACAGGACAAUGAAGGCUGGUGUGGGACUUAUUUCUUCAUUGCUCCUGUUCCUGUUAAUGGGAGCAGUCUUCGCCCAGAGGCCGCGACCGAAGAAGCCUACCAGACGUCCAGCCACCACCAGGAAGCCUUUUGUCCCCAAGCGUGGGGAACCAGCCGUGCCCGAACCCCAGGAGCCCACAGAUUUCCCUCCAAUCAUCCUCGGCCCGCCCUCCAUCUUCUCUGAUUGUCCCAAAGAGUGUUUAUGUCUCCCAAGCUACCCAAAUUCUCUCAACUGUGAGAACCGGAACAUCCGUGUGGUCCCGGUCAUCCCAUUCAGAACUCAUUACCUGUACCUACAGAACAACUACAUCUCUGAGCUCACUGCAGAGGCCUUUAACAAUGCUACAGAGGUCCGCUGGAUCAAUCUGGCAAACAAUCGCAUCCAGAAAAUAGACAAGCAGGUUUUUGAGAAGAUCCCGGGUCUGCUGUAUUUCUAUGUCCAGAGAAACCAGCUGAAUGAAGUACCAUCAGGCCUCCCAACAAGUCUGGAGCAACUUCGUCUGGACAGGAACCGCAUUAGCAAGAUCCCCGCUGGUGCCUUCACCAAGCUGGAGAACCUGACUCUGCUGGACCUGCACUACAACCAGCUGAGCGACAGUGACCUGGGAAAGAACACGCUCAAGGACCUGAAGAACCUCAUGCAGCUCAACCUGGCAUACAACGUUUUGAAGAAGAUGCCCGCUGGAGUGCCAAACAACCUCAUCCAGCUGUUCCUGGACAAGAACCGCAUAGAUGACAUACCAAAAGAUUACUUCAAGGACUUCACCCACCUGGCGUUUGUGAGGCUCAACCACAACCAGCUGAGCGAUAAAGGAGUUCCCAAGGCCGUGUUCAACUUGACCAGCCUGCUGGAUCUGCAGCUGGCUCACAACCAGCUCACAGUGAUUCCCCUCUUCAACAAUCACCUGGAGCACCUGCACCUCAACCAUAACAACAUUGAGAGCAUCAACGGCACUGAGAUCUGCCCAUUCAGCCUGCUGGCCGACCUGACUGACGACCGCCUGGUGCCACGACUAAGAUACCUGCGUCUGGAUGGGAAUCAUUUGCAUCCCCCCAUCCCUAUGGAUGUCAUCAUGUGCUUCAGACACCUUCACUCUGUCACCAUUUAGGAGGCGGGGUGUCUUCUCACACAAAGCCGCACACGUAUAAAAAACCAAAUAAACGACAGCAGUGCACAUCGGGGAAUUCGAGAUAAAGCGCGCUCACUGAAGCACAAGGUUUCGAGCUUGAACGAGCUGCGGAGUUGCAUUACUGAAAGAGGAACUCUGCUCAGCUGCAAAGCUCUGAGUUUGCUUUUUAAAUGACUGAAAGUGUCAUUCUGCCAGAAUCCGAGCAGUGGACUGCAAACUGGCAACAAGAGAUUAUAGGAACAUUUAGCUUAUGGUUUGCAUGGGAGGUUUAGUAUCUAUUCAAUAAAAAAAAAAUUUAAAUGAGCAAAACUCCAACUCCAGGUGUAAUAAAAUACAUACAGCUGCAUUUAAUAAAUUAAAUUUAGUUAAAUUUGUAUUUAUUUCAGUAAUUCAAUUUAAAAAGUGGAACUCAUAUGUUGUGCAAAUUUAUUACACUAAAGAAUUCACUUCUGGAUGAAUUUUGGGUGGUUAUGAACAUUAAAUAGGGCAACCAAAAACCAAUAUUCAAUGCAUGAAAGUAUUUAAUGCAUAAAGUAAGUGUAUGUACUUUAAGUCAUAACCCCAUGCAUCAUUGACUGGAGCUCCUUUUGCAUGAAUGACUGAAUCAGUAAGGUGUGACGUGGUUCAGCAGUACCUUAACACAAAGAUGUAGCUGCAGUCUGUCCACAAAUCCCCAUCCUCCACUUUUGAACAGGUUUUGCGCCACCAUACUCUUAAUUUACUUUAACCUUUCAUUAAUAUGUUUAGAUAGCAAACUCUGUGAACUGCAGAGUUAGCAGAAGGUCAUUUAGCGAUGACCUUUUGUGAAUUGCCCCUCUGGUGAAGUGUGUCAGAAGCAGCUGUCAGAUCACCUAUGUAAUAUUUACAUUUACACAAUCAUGAAAAUGAGCGGAGAUAAAUGUAGAAUAUGUCCCUCUGUUUGUAAUGAAUCUGUAUAUGAGUUUCACUUUUUCAGCUGAAUUACUAAAUUAAAUUAAUUUGAUAUUUAAAGUUAUGGAGAUGCUCCUCCGCUCUGCGACAGAGGGCUGUUUUAAGGACCAACAUUUGCAUAUAGACCUGAAUAAUGCCUUCCAAGGUGCUUUGUGUAAAAAUGUUUUUGUUUUUCCUAUUAAUAGACUUUUAUGUUAUUCCUCUGUAUAAAGGCAUUUGUACAAAUACUGAAAAAUAAAAUGUCUUUGCUCGUA